GCCCAGUGGGGGGAAGAAGGCUCCUGCUACCUCCCUUCCCAGCACCCUCCAGAGGGACCCUCAGUCUGGCCUUCCAAGCAUGGACUCUUCUGAGGAGCACGCCAGGUGCCCCGCCCGAGGGACAUGCCCCGUGUUCCUGGCCAUGAGUGCAGGGACUGUCCGCUACGCCCCAUUAUGCCUGUGCCCUGCACUUGAGGGGAACUUGAGAGAAGAGCCCUGGGGCACAGACAGCCCACCCCAGCCAGACCAGGGCCUCCCGCCACCCCUUGCAGCUGUCCCGGUCCCCUGGAAGAGCACGGACCCCUGCCAAGGCCACCGGGAGUCCCCAGAAGCCCUGGUGGAGACCUCUGCAGGGGAGGAGGCCCAAGGCCAGGAGGGCCCUGCAGCCACCCAGCUGGACGUGUUGCGCCUGCGCAGCUCUUCCAUGGAGAUCCGAGAGAAGGGCUCUGAGUUCCUGAAGGAGGAGCUGCACCGAGCGCAGAAGGAGCUAAAGCUAAAGGACGAGGAAUGUGAGCGGCUCUCCAAGGUGCGGGAGCAGCUAGAACAGGAGCUGGAGGAGCUGACGGCCAGCCUGUUCGAGGAAGCUCACAAGAUGGUUCGAGAAGCCAACAUGAAGCAGGCGGCAUCAGAAAAGCAGCUGAAGGAGGCUCGGGGCAAGAUCGACAUGCUGCAGGCAGAGGUGACAGCCUUGAAGACGCUGGUCAUCACGUCCACACCAGCCUCUCCCAACCGCGAGCUUCACCCCCAGCUGCUGAGCCCCACCAAGGCUGGGCCCCGAAAGGGCCACUCUCGCCACAAGAGCACCAGCAGCACCCUCUGCCCUGCCGUGUGUCCCGCUGCGGGACACACCCUCACCCCAGACAGAGAGGGCAAGGAGGUGGACACAAUCCUGUUUGCAGAGUUCCAGGCCUGGAGGGAAGCCCCCACCCUGGACAAGACCUGCCCCUUCCUGGAAAGGGUGCACCGGGAGGACGUGGGCCCCUGCCUGGACUUCACCAUGCAGGAGCUCUCAACGCUGGUACGGGCCGCCGUGGAGGACAACACGCUCACCAUUGAGCCGGUGGCUUCGCAGACGCUGCCUGCGGUGAAGGUGGCCGAGGUUGAGUGCAGCAGCACCAACACAUGUGCCCUGAGCGGACUGACCCGCACCUGCCGCCACCGAAUCCGGCUCGGAGACUCCGAAAGCCAUUACUACAUCUCGCCAUCUUCCCGGGCCAGGAUCACCGCAGUGUGCAACUUCUUCACCUACAUCCGCUACAUCCAGCAAGGCCUGGUGCGGCAGGACGCAGAGCCCAUGUUCUGGGAGAUCAUGAGGCUGCGGAAGGAGAUGUCACUGGCCAAGCUUGGCUUCUUCCCCCAGGAGGCUUAGGGCACAGCCCAGGCCUGAAGGGGAGCUCUGAGACAGAGCACACACCCACCCCAGAACAAGCCGACACACAGGGAGACGGGCCUGGAGCCAGCCCUGAGCCAGAGGCAGAACGGAUGGACAGACAGGCCAUGGAGGCAGCACUGAGCCAACACCACAUGUCCAUCCUGGGACAGACAGAGGGACAGACGGGCCUGGACUUCACAGCAAGACCCCUCUCUCUUCCCCACUGGGUUCUGCCACCACCAGGAGGAUUUCAAGAAAGCACCAAAGACCAGGGAGCUCGGAUCCAUACUCAGGGGGCCUCAGCCCUUGGGAGGGGACAUCUGAGGCAGCCAGCGCCCCCUCCCCAGUCCCCAGAACCGCCUGCAGGUGCCUUGUUGCCGGCAUGUCUUCAGAAAGGGACUGUUCGGGUGGCUGGAUCUCCAGGGUACCCUCCGCCCCAGCUGCCAAGCCCUGGGCCAGCGGCACCCCCUUGUGGCCAUCCCAUGCCUUGUUCCUGGUGGCCUCCCUAUUGGACUGCUAGGAGGGGCUGGCAGGGCCUUGGUAGCACAGAACUGCCCCAAAGCCUUGUUAAGAUGAGUCAGGGCCCCCCCACCUUUCCUUUCCCCCUUCCUCCCUCCCCCUUUAUAAAGGCCUCCCUUGUCACCUUCCCUCCCACCCCAUCUCAGCCCUGUGCUCCUGGAGGCCCUGCUCCCAAAACCGCUGGAAGGAUUGGGGCAGUUUCUCCCACAGUAGAACACAGACAGGGCUUCAGAUCGCCCACGCCUGUUUUCAGCUGUGGGUGGCCAUGCAGACACGCGCCCUGGCAUGUGGGGCCUGGGUGGGCAGGCAGGACCUGGGCCCUCCCACCCAUCAGAGCCCACUCGGGACCAGGGUUCAGGGCGCCCACCUGGACACAUCCCUCACCACGUCCGGAUUUCCUUCUGUGGAUGGAAUGUAACGCGAUCUCUGUUUAAUAAAGGAAGGCUUUGUUGGUA